CCUGAAAAGGCGAUUAAUGGCGUCGUAUUUCACAUCUUUAUCUUGAUUUCAUGUCGUGAAGUUAUUUCAUUAGCUGUUGUGUGCUUAUUGUUGUUGUUCAAGGAUCAUAUCAACAAAUCAAUUGUUGCCAUCAAAAUUUUGAAGAACCAUGUCGGAUGAGGAGCAAGUGGUCUCAGAGACUCAGGUGCUCACAGCAGAGUUUAAAGAUGGCCAGCUCGAAAUCGUGGAGGUGGCUCCAUUUGACAAUAAUGAGACAACCACAGUUACAGAAACCAUCCUCCCCGACAUGGAAAUGUCGGAGAGCAGUGAAGACCAGGAACCUAAAUACCAGAUCCUGACCGACUCCUCCCGGGGCCUCAUGCACUUGGAUCUCCUAAACCUCACCCUGGUCAAGUGUGGCGAUGGCGAUGAAUCGUACCGUUUGGUGACCAACCAGGAGGCUGAAGGAGAACUCGGAGAAACGGUCACAUGUGUCUUGCAGUCCAGCGAUGGCGAGGCUGAAGAUGCCCAAAAUGCGUACGACAAAAAGCAAGAAUACCUCACUGAGGAAGACCACGAGCAGUAUGUGAUGAUGAACGGUGUGGAUGGGCCGGUGCUGAUCCUGAAGUCCUCGCUGGAAGGCGGUGAGGACACUCAGGAAGCGGCUAAGACUGAGAAACCUGUUAAGAAACAACUAACAGCUAUGGAGCUAUUAGAAAAAGCAAAAGCACUCCAAAAGGCCAAAGCACAAAUACAGACCCAAAAGAAGGGUCGGAAACGUCGAGGCGGUCUCCCACCGCCCCACGAGCUACUAUCUUCGCCCAACUUCAAACUAUUCCUGUACUCCUGCAAGCUGUGUGCUUUCAAAUGUAACGCUAUCAAGGAACUGACAGCACAUAAGACAGCGGAGCACGGCCCCGGCGGGCACCGGCUGAAGGGCGCGCGCGCCGCCGCCACCACGCUGCAGUGCGCGCGCUGCCCCUACCGCGGCGGCUCACACUCGCAGUUAAUGAAACACGUGCAAGAACAACAUCUAAGAGAUGCGGAAGUAUUCCUAAACUCACCGGAAGCGGAAGCAGCGGACGUCCUGGUCUGCGGAGCGUGCGGGUUCGAAUCCGCGUCGAGGCCCGAAUUCCGCCGCCAUAUCGAAGAGAAACAUAAUGUUAACGUCAGUUGAGAGUAGAAAUAGGAAAUAUCUAUCACACCAUAAGGAAGUCUUGUAGACUCAGCAAUCCAACUUUUUUAACACUUUCGCAA